CGCCUGCUGUAGCGCCUAGAAACUCUAUGGCGCCGGGGGCGGCCCCGCGCGCCGGCCCGCGCGAGGCGUCCGCUGCGCGCUGAGGGCAGCCCGGGGCGCAGCGGGCCGCGCUCGCCGCCACCGGCCAUGCUGCGGCUGCUGCUGCCGCCCGCGGGCCUCCGCCUCUGGCCGCUGCGCCCCGCCGCCGGCCAGGGCACCCGCGACCACCCCCCCGUGCACAUGACGCUCCGCGACCGCCUCUUCGCCACCGUCGUGGCCUGCUUCAAGCGGCACGGGGCGGCCGCCAUCGACACGCCCGCGCUGGAGCUCCGGGAAACGCUCAUGGGGAAGUAUGGAGAUGACUCCAAGCUCAUCUACGAGUUGCAGGAUCAGGGGGGAGAACUGCUGGCCCUGCGCUACGACCUGACUGUGCCGUUCGCUCGCUAUUUGGCAAUGAACAAAAUCACCAACAUUAAGCGCUACCAUAUCGCUAAGGUGUACAGGAGGGACAACCCGGCCACGACCAGGGGCCGCUACAGGGAAUUCUACCAGUGCGAUUUUGACAUUGCUGGCCAGUUUGACCCUAUGAUUCCUGAUGCUGAAUGCCUCAAAAUAGUGCAUGAGAUCCUGAGCGAGUUGCAGCUUGGGGACUUUCUCAUUAAGGUCAACGACCGACGCAUUUUGAAUGGUGUGUUUGCCAUUUGUGGCGUCCCAGACAGCAAGUUCAUAACCACGUGCUCUACCGUGGACAAGCUGGACAAGAUACCGUGGGAGGAUGUGAGGAGUGAGAUGGUGGGAGAGAAGGGGCUCUCUCCUGAGGCUGCAGAUCGCAUUGGGGAAUACAUCCAGCUCCAUGGUGGCCUGGACCUAAUUGAGCAGCUCCUCCAGGACCCAAAGCUAUCUCAGAACAAACUAGCCAAGGAGGGGCUGGGGGACAUGAAGCUGCUGUUUGAGUACCUGACACUGUUUGGCAUCACAGGGAAGAUCUCCUUUGACCUGAGCCUGGCGCGCGGUCUGGACUACUAUACGGGGGUGAUCUUUGAGGCUGUGCUGGUACAGCAGAAGAAUAACCAAGUGGAGGAGCCGGUCAGCGUUGGGAGUGUGGCUGGAGGCGGUCGCUACGAUGGGCUGGUGGGGAUGUUUGAUCCCAAGGGUCGGAAGGUGCCCUGUGUGGGAGUCAGCAUUGGGAUUGAGCGCAUCUUCUCCAUCAUGGAGCAAAGAGUGAAGGCCUCUGGGGAGAAGAUUCGUACGACUGAGACGCAAGUGCUGGUGGCUACGCCUCAGAAACACUUACUUGGUGCGAGACUGAAGCUCAUCUCUGAGCUGUGGGAUGCAGGCAUCAAGGCAGAGAUGCUCUACAAGAAGGACCCUAAACUGCUGAAACAGCUGCAGUACUGUGAGGACACAGGGAUUCCCCUUGUAGCCAUCAUAGGAGAGCAAGAAUUGACAGAUGGAGUUGUCAAACUGCGAGUUGUCACAACAAGAGAAGAGGUUAAUAUCCCGAGAGAGAAGCUCGCUGAUGAAAUCAGAAGAAGGCUGGAGCCCUGCAGCCUUUCUGUGCAGAGCUGCUUGACUGUGUGAACUGCUGUGUCACUGGAAACCCCCAGAGCACUUAGCCAUCAGCUGCCCACUGAGCUGUGGUCACCACCUGUUACCCUGAGGCUCAUCUGCCUAGGCCAAGGCAGUGUUGAAAUGGGGUAUCUGCCUGGAAGGAGCAGACAGGUUUUAAAAGGCACAGACCAUGCAGUCACCUUGUUAACCUUCUGGUUAACUGAUCUGAGGAGCAGCACAAGUUUGUGCGCUCCUACUAUCACGGUACCAGUAACCAUGUGGCAACUUCUACGUGCUGUGCGCAUCAGCUUGGUGACGGGGAGGGAACCUGCGGCUGGGGUGCCGAGAGGGUCAGCGGUGGGGGUCAGGUUCGCGGAGGAAGCUCUGCCGGUGCUCCGAGAGGUUCAGGACUUGCGUGAAAACCAGUCAGCCUACGCUGCGGUGCAGGCUGCGAAGGGUCAGGCCUGGCCUGCAGCCCCUGGGGAGGAGCCGAGCCUCGGGGGCUCUGCUGGCCAGCGCGAGGGGAGGUGAGCGGUGUUUGUGAGGUGUUCCUCCUCCUCCUUCUCCCCAGGUCUCUGCUGCAGAAUAUUGCAGCAAACCCGGGGGCGAGGCCGCUGGCCGGCGACCCUGCGUGGGGGGACGCGCAGGGGGCGCCUCCGCCCCUUGCCGGAGCCGGGCCGCCCCUUCCCGCCGCUGGGGCUCACAGGGGGUGCGCGCAGAGCACCUCUGCGUAUUUUUUUUUCCUAAGAACGAACGAACAAAUGAAUGAAUAAAUAAAUGAAGUGGAGGAAAGCGCA